AUGGGCGGCGGCGGCGGCGACGAGCGGGCGGCGGCCCCGGCUCCCCCUCGGCCGGCCUAUCCGCGGCGGAGGAGCGCUCGGGUCCGCGCGACUGUGGCCGCAGCGCCUAACUCACCCCGCCGCGGCCAUGGCGGGCGGCGCCGCGCAGGCCGCCUCCCCCCGCGCUUCUCAGUCAGCGUCCCCUUCCCCGGCGGCGACGGCGGCGGCGGCCUCGACAAGAGGUUCCGGUUCAAGCCGGGGGCACGCGUGUCCGCGCCAGGCAGCGGGGCGAGCCGACGAGUGGGCAGGCAGCGGGCGUGGAAGCAGCCCCUGAGCCCAGCGCGGCGCGGCACGGCCGGGGAGGAUGUUGGCGGCCCUCCCCCUGGCGGCGCGCGCCCCCUCGCCGCAUUCCCCGCCCCGCCCCGCCCCGCCCCUUCCCUCUGCCCUGGAAGCAGAUCGGCGGCCGAGGGGAGGGCCGGGGCGGCGCGGCCCUAUGCGGGUGAGGGGUCGCUACCCGCGGCCGCGCCUCUAGCUGGCGCUGGGGUCGCGGGAAUCGUCGGCGGGAGCUCGAAAUCUGGAGGCCCUUCCCCGCCGGGCCUCGGCCUCCUCCACUCCCCCGGGCCGGACAGGACGGGGCCUAGCGCGGGAUGCGAGGGAGAAGAUUUCGCUCUGUCGCCCAGGCUGGAGGACAGUGGCGCGAUCUUGGCUCACUGCAGCCUCGAACUCCUGGGCUCAAGCGAUUCUCCUGCCUCAGCCUCCAAAGUAGCUGGGACUAUAGGCUCGCGUCACCCCGGCUAAGUGUGGUCAGGAUAGCUGGAAUUCUAGCACCCAGUUUUGAAUGCCAGGUGACCUUGAAGAUGGAAGCCAUGAACUAAGAGAAUGUCCUUGUCUACCGGUGCUUUUCUAGCAGAUGCCUGAGCUCCUGGACAUACUGCUCUAAGGCUGUUUGAGACAGCACGCCUCCUGCCCCCUAAGAUAAAACUCUCUUUAAAGAGCAUCCUGAACUAACAACCUGGACGCCCACUCAAGAGACCUAAUCUGAAAGUUGGUAAUUUCAAAGACGACAUGAGGAUAAAUUUACAAUGACGGGAAGAAACCAGCGUAAAAAAGCUGAGAAUACUCAAAGUCAGAAUGCCUCUCCCUCUAAAGAUGAUCACAGUUCCACAUCGACAAUGGAACAAGGCUUGAUGGAGAAUGAGCGCAUCCCAAUGACGGAAGUACUCUUCAAGGUAUGGAUAAUAACAAACUUCGGUGAGUUAAAAGAACAUGUUGUAGCCCAACGUAAAGAAACUAGGAACUUUGAAAAAAGGUUUGAUGAAAUCCUAUUGAGAAUAGACAACUUAGAGAGGAGUAUGAGUGAAUUAAUGGAACUGACGAAUACAAUACAGGAACUCUGAGAAGUAUGCACAGGUUUAAACACUCGAAUUGUUCAAGCAGAAGAAAGGAUAACAGAGAUCAAAGUCCAACUUAAUGAAAUAAAACGUGAAGAAAAGAUUAGAGAAAAAAGGAUAAAAAGGAAUGAGCAAAGUCUCCAAGAAAUUUGGGACUAUGUGAAAAGACCAAAUUUAUGUUUGAUAGGUGUACCUGAAUGCGACGGAGAGAAUGAAUCCAAGCUGGAAAAUACCCUUCAGGAUAUUAUUCAGGAAAAUUUUCCUAAACUAGCAAAGCAGGUCAAUAUUCAACCCCAGGUAAUACAGAGAACACCACAAAGAUAUUCCUCAAGAAGAGCAACCCCAAGGCACAUAAUCGUUAGAUUCACCAGGGUUGAAACGAAGGAGAAAAUACUAAGGGCAGCCAGAGAGAAAGGUCAGGUUACCCCCAAAGGCAAGCCUAUCAGACUUACAGCAGAUCUCUCAGCAGAAACUCUACAAGCCAGAAGAGAGUGGGGGCCAAUAUUCAACAUCCUCAAAGAACAGAACCUUCAGCCCAGAAUUUCAUAUCCAGCCAAACUAAACUUCACAACUGAAGGAAAAAAUAAAAUCUUUUAUGAACAAGCAAGAACUCAGAGAUUUUAUUACCACCAGGCCUGCUUUACAAGAGCUUCUGAAAGAAGCAUUACACACAGAAAGAAACAACCAGUAUUAGCCUUUCUAAAAAUAUACCAAAAAGUAAAGAGCACCAACAUAAAGAAUAAUUUACACCAACGAAUGGAUCAAACAGCCAGUUAACAUCAAAUGGCAGUAACCCUAAAUUUAAAUCGACUAAAUCCCCCAAUCAAAAGACACAGCCAAAACCCAACGGCAUGUUACAUCCAGACCUGUUUCACAUGCAAGGAUACACAAAGACUCAAAACAAAGGGAUGGAGAAAGAUUUACCAACCAAAUGGAGAGCAAAAAUAAAUAAUAAAUAAAUAAAAAGCAGGAGUUGCAAAUCUCGUAUCGGAUAAAAUAGAUUUUAAAGCAACAAAGAUACAGUGGUAAAAGGAUCAAUGCAACAACAAGAGCUAAUGAUCCUAACACCCAGAUACAUAAAGACUUAGACUCAAUGAGACAGAAAAUUAAUAAGUAUAUCAAGGACUUGAACUCAGAUCCAGAACAAGUAAACUUAAUAAAUAUUUAUAGAGCUCCCCACUUCAAAUACACAAAAUAUACAUUCUUGUCAAUACCACAUCACAUCUACUCAUAAGUUUAAAUGAAACAUUGAUUGGCCAUUAUUAAUACCCAAUUUUUUUCAGAAUAAAGCAAUAUUUCCGUUUACUCUCCCUCUUUCUCAUCCUCUUUCUUCCUCUCCUUUACUUAUUAUUUUUUUUUCUUUCCUUCUCUCAAAAAAAGAAAUCAACUUGUAAACCUCUAGAUCCAGGUCAGCAAUGCCUCCCUCAUUGCUUGAUUUCCUUCCUUCCCUUCCCUCCCUCCCUCCCUUCCCCCUUCUUCCCUUCCUUUCUUCCUUUAUCCCUUCCUUCCUCCCUACCGUCUGCCUUCCCUCCCUUCCUGCCUUCCUCAAGAAAAAAAAAAAAAAAGAGCAUCCUAAAAAGAACCAGAUUUACACACAAAAGCCAGGAUGACUCCUAGCAGACCCUUUGCUACCUGAAAGUUGUUAUGUCAUGUAGAAAAUGAAGAAGGAAAGAAAGAAAAGGAAAAGAACGAGUGAGGACAGUGAGCAGACCAGGGCGUACCAGAGAGACCAGAUCUUCCCAAACAGUUACUGCCGUGACACUUGCUUCACGCUAAAUGACCAGCAGUCUUCCUUUAUGUGUGGGUCUGCCCUUGUGCCUUCUUGGUCCCCCAAACAGGGACAGAGUUCUGCUUGGAGAAGCUGGAAUGGACUGAAAGCCAGGAGAGGGGCUGGUGGAAGUCCAGGCAGGCCUCUCCUCAAGUGGCACCAUCCCAGGAGAUGGAAAUACUGCACAAGGAAGCAAGAUGCCGGGCGCCAGCUUCUAUGCUUUGCUGAAUGACAAAUUCAAUGUGGUUGGCUAGGCACGGUGGCUCACGCCUGUAAUCUCAGCACUUUGAGAGGCCGAGACAGGUGGAUUACUUGAGGUCCGGAGUUUGAGACUAGCCUGGCCAACAUGGUGAAACCCAGUCUCUACUGAAAAUACAAAAAUUAGCUGAGUGUGGUGGCAUGUACCUGUAAUCCCAGCUACUCAGGAGGCUGAGGCAGGAGAAUCACUAGAACCUGGGAGGCAGAGGCUGCAGUGAGCAGAGAUCACACCACUGCACUCCAGCCUGGGUGACAGAGUGAGACUCUGUCUCAAAAAAAAAAAAAAGUGCCAUAUAAAACAUGAAUUUAAAGUACAAAAUUACAUGGGAUAUGUUACUAUACUGGAAACUAACUUUGGAAAAUAGGAGUAGAUUUCCUGCACCCUGUAUCAACUCCUUCUGCAAUAGAAAUGAAACUCACUCUAAAUGAUCCCAGCACAUCUGUGAAUUCGCAUAGGGGGCCAGACUGGCACCACCAUCCACAGGGACAUUACCUCUAAGGAUCAUGUAUCAAGAGCCAGAUGCCAUCAGGAAAUUUCUUUCACCAUUGUCAGCAUAAAGGGCACUAAGCAAGCAUCUUUUCCAAAUGGACAUGUACCCAGAAGUAUCCCCAUAUUCCAGUCCUCAAUACUCAGAAACAGAAAGCUAUGAGAACUGUUCUUUCUUUCUUGCAGGGGUGAAAAUAAGGAGGAUUAGGAAAAUGAAGCCAAGGCAAUGAGCCAUAAGUAGCAAAAACCUCACCUAAUCUUUGUCUUAUUUAACUGGGUAAACAACAGUGCUGACACAAUUAUAUGCCCCCAGAUGCUGCUGUGACAUUACUAGGUUACAGUGAACUCAGUAUCAGCUGAUGCCACUGGAAUAGAUGUGCAGAUUUCCAUAACCAACGUGUUUGCAUCUAAUAUAUAUCUCAUGUUCCUGUCCCCUCACCCUGUCUUGAAGCUGAUUUCAUGUAAUAUCCUCUGGUCUUCAGGGAACAUCUCUCCACAUUUCAAAGAAUAUCAGAUUGUAUUUUUACAGUUUACUCCUUAGCAGGGGGGAAUUAGAGCAUUGACUACAGGAAAAUUUUCUCUUGUACAAUAAACCGAAAGCUUUGUAAACAUAACAUGACAAUUUUCAUUAACGGGCACGUUUACUUUUGGUAUUGCCAGUUAUGUAAGGGGUAAACGUCUUUGGGCAGAAGGACACCUGGCCAUAACCUCUUCCUGACAACUCCAGCUCCAGUUUUCUCCAAGCAAUGUCCAGUUUUACAUUUUUCCAAAAGAAACAAAUGGGAAUGCCUCAUGAAUUGUUCCUGUAGAUUCGUAGUUCAAUGCUACAUGACGCUGUAUAUUAGGUUCCUAAAUGUUGUGUAACAGCAACAGUGAUGGGAGUCACUGCUCUUAGAUCACACUUGCAUUAGUGUCUCUUCCAUCCACCCACUUUUUUUUAAAUUGCAUUUUAGGUUUUGGGGUACAUGUGAAGAACAUGCAAGAUAGUUGCAUAGGUACACACAUGGCAGUGUGAUUUGCUGCCUUCCUCCCCUUCACCUAUAUCUGGCAUUUCUCCCCCUGCUAUCUCUUCCCAACUCCCCACCCCACACUGUCCCUCCCCUAUUCCCCCCAACCGACCCCUGUGUGUAGUGCUCCCCUCCCUGUGUUCACGUGUUCUCAUUGUUCAACACCCGCCUCUGAGUGAGAACAUGCAGUAUUUCAUUUUCUGUUCUUGUGUCAGUUUCUGAGAAUGAUGGUUUCCAGGUUCAUCCAUGUCCCUAGAAAGGACACGAACUCAUCGUUUUUGAUGGCUGCAUAAUAUUCCAUGGUGUGUAUGUGCCACAUUUUCCCUGUCCAGUCUAUCAUUGAAGGACAUCCACCCACCUUUUUUGGCUCUUCUUCCUCUGAUCUCCACUGCCUCGAGGCUCAGCACUUCCUCUAACACCCUAGCGGUUCUCAGCCAGGGCAGUUUUGGCCCCAGGAGACAUUUAUGGUUGUUGCAACUAGAUGAUGCCACUGGCAUUAGUGGAUAGAGGCCAGCAAUUCUGCUAAACAUCCUACAAGGCACCAGGCAGCCCCCACAACAAAAAUGAUCCAGCUCCACAUGCCAAUAGUACUGAGGCUGAGAAACCCUGCACUAUGCUAACCAAACCACUUUUAAUUAAAAGAAGAAAAAAGCCUUUUCAAGAACCUAUAAUGGCUCUUAUUAGAUUAUAAAUUGUAACCUCCUCAGCAACACCCUUCCCAGUCCAUUUCUAACCCACCUGUCACCUGAACUGAGCAAACCUAUGCUGAGCUCCCCAGGUGCAGGAGCUGCGAAGGUACUGAAAGAGGGAAGAGGAAUCGGUGCCUUCAAGAAGCCCACCCACUGGUGCGGGAGACAGAGAACCUGAGCACCUGGCUAGCCCCCAGCAGGUGUCAGGAAUGGUCUUUCCUUUCUUCCUAAUUAGCUCUAAUUCCCGGCUGACUGUGGUGGCUGGGUAAAGAGUGGUGGAACCUAGUCUCUUCCCCACAUCAUAAUCUGUGCUCUUGUCUGUCUUUUAAUCUAUUAGGAAAAUUUGAACAACCAGGGUUUUUUCUAUUUGACAUAUAUCUAUGUCUUUCUUUCUUUCUCUCCUCUUACUCUCCUUCCUUUUCUUUCUUUCUCUCCUUCCUGCCUUCCUUUCUUUCCUCUCUCUUUCUUUCUCUCCUUCCUUUCUUUCCUUCUUUCUUUUUUUCAUUUUCUUUUUAAGAAACAAGGUCUUGCUCUGUCACCCAUGCUGGAGUGCAGUAGUAUAAUCAGGGCUCACUACAGCCUACAAUUCCUGAGCUCAAAUCAUCCUCCUGCCUCAGCCUCCCAAGUAGCUAGGACUACAGGUGUAUGCCACCACACCUAGGUAAUUAUUUUUUGUAGACACAGGAUCUCACUAUGCUUCCCAAGCUGGUCUCAAACUCCUGACCUCAAGCGAUCCUCCUGCCUCGGCUUUUCAAAGUGCUGGGAUUACAGGCAUGAGCCACUGUGCCCAGCCUCCUUGCCUUUAUAAUUUCUAAUAAAUAUUGUUUUGGUUAUACUGAAUAAGCAUACCUUACUUACAAGAAGCUUUUAUGCUAGCACAUCUCAAAAUGUUUUAGCAAUUUUGUACUCAGCCUUAUCUGUUCAUGAUCUGUCUGCUCUUGCUGCUAAUUGAGAAAUUAAUAUUGUUCUCAAUGGCUAUAAUGUAGAUUGAAUUGUUCAGCGACGAUUUUUCAUCCUGAGAUGGCUUUGGGUUCCUGCUUGUUGCUUUUCUUAGGUUGGCUGUUUUGUUCUUCAUUUUAAAAUAUUAACAUGUCGGGCCUGGCAUGGUGGCUCACUACUGUAACCCCAGCACUUUGGGAGGCUGAGGCAGGUGGAUCACCUGAAGUCAGGAGUUUGAGACCACCCUGCCCAACAUGGCAAAACCCCAUCUCUACUAAAAAUAUAAAAAUUAGCCAGGCAUGGUGGUGAGUGCCUGUAAUCCCAGCUACUCAGGAGGCUGAGACAGGAGAAUCUCUUGAACCCAGGAGGUGGAGGCUACAGUGAGCUGAGAUCAUGCCAGUGCACACUCCAGACUGGGUGACAGAGCAAGACUCCAUCUCAAAAAAAAAAAAAAAAAAAAAAAGAUGUCAAUGUAUUAACCGGCUGUUUUGAUAGAAAAAUAGCAAUGAAGGCUGGGAAAGGUGACUCAUGCCUGUAAUCCUAGCACUUUGGGAGGCCAACACAGGCAGAUCACUUGAGCAGAGGAGUUUGAAACCAGCUUGGGCAACAUAUUGAGACCCCAUCUCUACAAAAAAAAACACAAAAAUUAGCUAGGCAUGGUGGCAUGCACCUGUAAGCCUGCAGUCCCAGCUACUCAGGAGGCUGAGGCAGGAGGAUCGCUUGAGCCCAGGGAGGUCAACGCUGCAGUGAGCCGUGAUCGUGCCACUGCUCUCCAGGUCUGGGUAACACAGUGAGAAAACAAAACAAGGACAGCGAUGAAAACAUGCUUCCAAUCAAAAAAAUAAGAGAAGACUGCUAAUUGGCCAGGCUCAGAUAUCCCACGUGUUCACGGAGUAAGUAGAAAUACCAGGCAUGAAAGCUCUGUGCGGCCAAGAGCAUCUGCAGAGUGGUGAUCCUAGUUUGUCGUGGAUUACUUGGAAGUGACUUCAUUUUACCUUCACUCUCCCAGGUGGAUAUAAACAACAUCAUUAUGAAACAUUUCCAGGAAAGUCUUCACACUGUCUCUCAGACAACCCUUUCUAGUGUUAAUGGAAAUAGAUACACAAUUCAACCCAUAUUCACAACUGGGUCUUCCAUCAUGUCUGCAUGCAUUGGCGAUGUAUCUGUUAAACAAGGAAUAUUAUGCUUGUCUUCAGGCAAAAACUGCUCUGAAAGCUAAUGUAUGUUGUAGUUAAGAUCUCAGCCCUGAUGCCAGAUUAUCUGAGUUUGAAUCUUUGUGUGAUUUCUCUAAAGCAUCUUUCCUCCUGUUUAAAUGGGUGUCAUAGUUGGGCGCCGUAGCUCAGGCCUGUCAUCCCAGCACUUCAGGAGGCCAAGGUGGGCGGAUCACUUGAAGUUAGGAGUUGGAGACCAGCCUGGCCAACAUGGUGAAACUUCAUCACUACUAAAAAUACAAAUAUAAAAAAUUAGCCAGGCAUGAUGGUGGGUGCCUGUAAUCCCAGCUACUUAGGAGGCUGAGGCAGGAGAAUCGCUUGAACCCAGGAGGCAGAGGUUAUAGUGAGUUGCGAUCACACCACUGCACUCUAGCCUGGGUGAAGAGUGCCUCCUCCUCACUCCUCUGUCUCAAAAUAUGGAGGGAAGCGCCUUCUCAAAAUAAAUAAAUAAAUAAUGAAUGUGUAUAAUAAUAGGUCCUGUCUCAUCUCAUGGGGUUGUGGUGGGUUCGAAGUUAAUACUGUAAAACACCGAGAACUGGCACAUAAUAAACAUUCAACAAAUGCUG